AUGGCGGCGAUGGAAGUCAGGCUGCCCGUGGGUCGCCAGCGGCUGGCGCAGAGCUUGCCCGGGGGGGCAGGAGAGGGCGGCCGCGACCUGGUGGCCCCGGGGGACACGAUCACCACGGACCCCGGAUACAUGAGGGGUCAUGGGACUUACCUGGGUGAUGAGAAACUUAUUGCAUCCGUGGCGGGUGUCGUGGACAGGGUCAACAAGCUGGUCUGCGUGAAAGCUCUGAAAACGAGGUAUAAUGGUGAAGUGGGCGACAUCGUGGUUGGGCGCGUCACAGAGGUGCAGCAGAAGCGAUGGAAAGUCGAGACCAACUCCAGGCUGGAUUCCGUCUUGCUUCUUUCUUCUAUGAAUCUUCCAGGAGGGGAACUGAGGCGAAGAUCCGCCGAGGACGAGCUGGCCAUGAGGGAUUACCUGCAGGAAGGAGACCUCAUCAGUGCAGAGGUCCAGGCCGUCUUCUCUGAUGGGGCAGUAUCGUUGCACACCCGGAGUCUGAAAUACGGAAAGCUUGGCCAAGGAGUGCUAGUCCAGGUUUCUCCAUCCCUCGUGAAACGGCAGAAGACUCACUUCCACGACUUGCCUUGCGGGGCUUCUGUUAUCCUGGGCAACAACGGGUUCAUCUGGAUCUACCCAACACCUGAACAGAAGGAUGAAGAGGCCGGUGGGUUCAUCACCAACCUGGAGCCUGUGCCCCUUCCUGAUCGCGAAGUGAUCUCUCGUCUCCGGAACUGCAUUGUGGCUCUGGUGACGCAAAAACUGAUGCUCUACGAUACCAGCAUCCUGUACUGCUACGAAGCUUCUCUUCCUCGCCAGAUCAAAGACCUUCUCAGACCGGAGGUGAUGGAGGAGAUAGUGUUGGAGACUCGGCAGAGACUACUAGAACUAGAGGGAUGAUUAUGGAGAAGAGUGGUGAGGACUUGUCAAGGCAGUAUUGCGUCCUGCUUUUCAUUCAACGAUCAAGCCUCCUCAAGUUUCUUUUUGGUAUGGAAUUUCUUAGACGUUCCAUACCAAAAAGAAAAGUAGAAGGAACCUUGGAAGGAAUGGGAGCUUUGGGACGUCUUUUUACCAAGAACAGCGAAAAACAGAGAGGCACCUGCCUUAAUCAGCAGCUACUGUCUUGGCGAGGCACAGAAUGUGCCUGCAACAUGGCAUUCUUUCCUGAAAAUGUUACAGGGGAAAUUCCCAGGACUUGGAGAGGAUCAGGAGGAAAGAAAAUGCUGUUCUCAUGCUCAAUGAUUCACUUUGUUAUAGAUAUCUGUGUACAUUCCUGCAUUUCAGUUACAGUUCCCCAAAGCCCAACCUGAGCCUUUGCUGCGAAGGCGGCCAACAACCAAAACGCAAACUGGAUUUGGGCUUUUGAUAAUGGUUGAGGAUCCGUUUACACAGCAGAGGGGGUUACCAAGGGCAAAUUAGACGUUAUAAGAAAUUGGAGCCUGCUGCUGAAAAUGGCAGCUACAAGAUCCCCCCCUUUUCCCUCCCAUAACGUGGAGUAUAACUCCUCUGCCCUACAUCCUGUCAUUAUCAUUCUGUAUCUUCCUGUGCAUCGUUGGCUGGCGUUGGUGAGGGAGCGCUCGGCAUAAUGACUUCAGGACGUGAGGUAGGUGGUUAUACACACGUAGGGUGUUGUGGAACCUCACACAGAGCUGCUGGUUUGAGCAGCACCUUCGUUGUUAUAACACGAGGGUGGGCAACCUCCAGGGGCUAAUUACCCCACCCCCCUGGGCUGAAUUUGCUGCUGAGUUUUGGCAGCAGAUUCAACCACAGCAGGAUAGCGGAGGCUGGAAAGUAGACCAGGAUGGCUGUGUUCGCUCCGUGUGUUGCCCACCCCUGUUAUAACACAUAGUUCUGACGAAAGACUUGCUGAAUAAAGGAAAGUCAAACUUGUAAUCGACCAGCUUGUCUGCGUGGUGCUGCCUUACCCGUAGAUAUCACCACCACCUUCGGAAACUCCAGGCAGAUCUGGAUACUGUACAGCCCGCAGUCUGUGUCUAGUGAUGCUACUUUGGCUGACCAGCACGGUUGUGAUGGCUCGUAGCUAUGGCAGAUGCCUCCAUGACAAGGCCGCUGAGCCAUGCAGUCUGUUUGGAAUACCCCAGGCUUGCUUGGGGUGUGCCGGGGUUCAGCUUCCUGUGCUGAUGCUGGAACGGGAAGGUCAAGUCAGCAGCAUACAGCCAGGUUUUGGGGCCUGUUCCAGCUUGCCAAGUUAUUUGGCCAACAGGCAGGGCCAUCGCACAGGAUUCCUCCUCGCCUCGUCCUAUUCGAAAGGCAGCUUCACCUCCUUGGUCUGUAACCAGUCGUGUCAAGAGCCCCUGUGAUAAUGUGAACUCCUGCAACUGUGGGGAACACUUAAUAUUUUUGUACUGGAGAUGUUUUUUUAAAAAAAAUCAAUAAAUGUUUCUGUUUAAAAAUAA